AUGCAGCUUACCCUGGAAAGAGAUCACUAUAACGAGAUAGAUCCUGAGACCUUACGCUUAAGAGACCCAGGAUGUAAAGUUGCCUUUUACAACAAAACAAUCAUGGUCAUUCGAGCGCCGCUAGGCAAUUGCGGUACAAAGUCAUCAAUCCAGGGCAAAUUAAUACUUUUUACUAAUGACGUUUAUGCGGAAGUGAGUGGAAGUUCGGGCAUUUCACGAGUUCCAGCGUAUCAGUUCGGUCUUCAGUGUCUUUACUACACUUCUGUUAAAAUAUCACUGCAUUCGUUCAAGGCAGAACCUAAAGGACCCAUAAUUAUUACCCCUACACCAGGUAAGUGUGCUGUUAAUAAUGUCUUUUCUUCUCUGAUAAACAGAUUGCGAGCAAACUGUGGACUCGGGAGGUAGCGAUUAGAAAUUGAAACUUCCUGAGGCCAUGAUGCAAUCCCUUCCCCCAGUUCACGGUACACUAACACUCACACCACCCAAUCCCAGAGUCGAAAGCUUGCUCAAAGGGUACUGGAUAAGUAAUGGUUAAUAGGAUUGAGUAGAGUACAAUUCAGCUGGGAGUAAUAAGACUUAUUGUUAUUGACACAAUUUUAUUAUAUAGAUACUGAUGAAAUACCAAGAUUUUUUCUUUUACUAAAAAAUCAUAUCUUCAUCGCGCGCAGUGAAGAUACUAGUUUUAUCUUUCACGUGUGAGGAUAUUGGUGUCGCCAUGGUUACUAACAUGAUUAGCCAAUUACAAGAGAGCUUCCCGUUUUUAAUAGAGUUUUCGAAGUUGUCACGACAAACUGAACUCCUCCGGACCCUGUGGAAUAGGCUAAACAUUUUUACUUUCUCAUUGGUUUAUUGACUAAGGCUUAGUUCACACACCGGAUAGCUUUUCGUGUCGACACUCUCCUCUCCGCAAAUGCAUCCGCAGAUGAGCUUCAAGUUGUGUUUUAUGUAGGAAUUUCAUUCAGUAUCUAUAAAAUAAAGAGAUCAUCAUCAUCAUCUCGUGCUGAAAGUAUCUCUCACGAGUGAGCGAAGCGAACGAGUGAGAGAUACUUUCAGCACUCGAAGAUAAAAUUCGUAUCCCCGCGCUGCCAUUUAAUAUCCUCUACAUAGCUAUACUAGCUUAGAGGUAUUCAAAUUCAAAUAAACUGUAUGUCAAGGCACAUACGAGCCCACAGGCUCAAAUAGCGUAAGCUUAACGCGGCCUCUGAGGAACGGGGCACAUAGUUCCGCCAUUAAGUUCUCUCUCCGGACUCCCCACCCCUUCGAGCGCCAUCUUUAUGUGGUAAGUGCGUACAUUGAUGGAAUAAUUUAAUUAUAGUUAACCACUUCACUUGUGAAGGAAAAAAUGCGACGGGAGGGGGUGCUCGUUAACUUUCCUUAAAGACGGGGGGGUGGGGGUGGGGUGGGGGUGAAAUUUACAGAGGAUUCCAUGUAUAUUUUUUGAAUAAAAUGAAAGGUUUGUGUUUGGGUUCUUUUUCAUCGGCUGAUUAAACCUCCAGUCAGAGUCAAACGGCUUUUACUUUAUAAACCCACUUGCGUACUGAUGGUGAACGUUUGAAUACUUUUUACUGCCUGCCUUCCUAAAAGAAAUGAUCAGCAUAUUUAUGAGACUAUGUACACAUAUUAUGAUAUGAUUUCUCGACUUUAUUUCAAGGCAUUGGAGUCUUCGAGUUUGAAACAAGCAUGUACCAGACAGACAAGUACAUCAGUAAGUACACACAGUUCCCCGUCAAAGUUCACCUUGGAGAAAGUAUCUACCUGCAAGUCAACAUCAAAGGCAACGAAAGUGGUUUGUCUCUGCUCCUAGAGAACUGCCGUGCGACACCAACUGCAAAUCCAAAUGAUACAAGAUACUAUCCCUUGAUCAAAGACGGGUAAGCAUCAAAAGGAUGGUGUUAACUAUUUUUAGUCAAGUCAACUACAAAAAAUUAAAUAAAUGAUGGCCAAAUUUAAUUUAGUGCAGAAAAACUACAGUCGAAUCUCCUUGUGUGACCACUCCCGUAUACGACUAUCUAUCCAAAAAUGUAUAACAACAUUAAGGUGGCUCCACUAGAUUUUUUAGGGGGGAUACCUCCCAAGUUUGAGCAUUAACUACGUCGGCAUGAGUAAAGAUACAGGAAAAAGGUUACCACAACUGUAUUAUAUAAAGAUAAAAAUUUCUUAUGAUCUGGGUUUUAUUACAAUCGGUGUCGUCAUGGCAACGUAAUGACGCCAUUAAUUACGUUUUUUGAUUUAUCUUUGUGUUUCUCUGUACUAGGAGUUUUUUAAGAAAUCGCUCAAGGGAAUAUGUACCUGCCGACGUAGUUAAUGCUCAAACUUGGGAGGUAUCCCCCGUAAUAAAUCCAGUCCAGCCACCUUAAAUUUUGAGGAUUGGAAAUCAGGUUGGACACCUUAUGUUUAUUACACAACGGUGUACUCCUCGUAGAUAACCAUUUAUGAGUGUAUGUUUGGCAAAUUUUUGAGAAAAGUGGGGAAAUCAGGAGGGUUGUCCAAGACACCCGCACCGUAACAGUCCGUAUAAGCCAUGUGUCGAUCACACACACAUACACAUGACUGGAAAUCAGAGGAAGGGACAGUUGUGCAAGGAAAAGAGUUGAAUAUGACGCUUAGCACCGAAGUACAGUGACUAGGGUUAAGCACUCUUUUCAAAACGGUUAGCUUUCAAUAAUGUAAUGAUCAAUGCCAUAUAAACUGCGCUAAAAUUAACCGAUGUCGGUAGUUAGUCCUUGAUGGUGUAGAUCAGAUGGUGCAGGUUCAAGUCCUACAUACUACCUACUGUUUCUUUCCGUUUUUUUUCUUCUCUUACUAACUAGUGCUUUAAGUUAUAAAACUCCUAUCAUGUGUUUUGAGUAAAGAUGAUAGUCUGAUUUUAGGGUAUCCACACUAAGUCACAACCAUUGAGGAUUCGACGAUACUUUACGUUGUAUUACGUUGCUUGAUGACUUUAUUUUACUACAACUACCAGAAUCCCUCAAUUUGCUGUUUUCUUGUGCGGAAUUAAUUAUUUUUAAAUCUCAGAGGGAUUGGCAAAUUUGACUAAGAAAGGAAAAAUGAAAUGAACUGUGAUAGUUGUAGUCAAAUGUCGUCUUCGUGAAAAUGGCCUACUCAGUAGAAUUCAGUAAAAUGUAAUACAACACCUCGCAUACUGUGAGGCAAUGAAGUACAAUAGAUGCUUGUGCAUCAGUAGACUAGAUCUGCGUACGCUUACGGUUCCCAGACCUGCCGGAACUGAGCCCCAAACCCAUAGUGCUAAGGGAGCAUAACUUGAAGGGCAUUCGAGAUUAGACUCUUGCUCUUGAUCUCAGAUCACCCGGAUGUGUUACAACAUCAAAAUAGCACGGUAAAGUGGCGAGCAGCGGUGGAAUGGGGCGGGACUCAUAUUUUCCAAAAAAGAGCGCUUUCCAGAAGUAUUUUUUUCGGAUCAGUAUCCCUAGAAAUGUGCGGAUCCUAAAUCCUAAAAACCUCGAUUAAUUGGGCCUUUUUUUAGCUAAUAAAUGGAGCUUGACUUUAGAUUCAUAUCUUUAGUACAGAAAUGCGAAAUCAGCUUUUGGAUUCAUAAGUGCGGCUUUAAAAAUACCGUCCCCCAAAUAAACUAACGUAGAAAUUCCUUGGUUGUGUUUCAGAUGCCCAGUCGAUGAAUACUUGAAUUACAAGAACUCCGAUUCUCCUUAUCAGCGAUUUAGUUUCCAGUCCUUUAAAUUCAACAACACUGAAGUAGUGUAUCUUCACUGUGAGGUAUACGUUUGUGCAAACAAUACCAACUCAACACGCUGUUCAGAAGGCUGCACCCAGGAACCAGGCAACAUUAGAAGGCGGAGAGAUAACUGGAUGGCAUCUGAUCGCAGGGGAUCCACCUCUUUACAGGGUGAAAUCAAAAUUUUAACGGAAAGAGUCCAAAGGGCACCGCCACCCGAUCCUAUAGGUUAGACACUAUUAACUCAGAAUAUUUCCGUUAAGUUCAUCGCAAAAAGAUUAUUUAAAAUAGGGGAAUUACAAUUGGUGCAAUGCGGGAAAGUUACAACGUUUGCAGUAAUGGAAAAUUCAGUUCAGAACUCUCUAAUUAUCUGCCUCUCUGAAUGACCUCGACCUCGCAAACCCACAUAUGAAAGCGAGAACUAGGCUUCUGCUUGUCAAAACUGACGGACCUUUCCGUUCCUUUUACCCUGAACGUGUUUUUGGCCUUGGGUUUUUGUUUCAGUGCCAUGCGAGAUCUAAAGAUUAUUUUUGAAGCGGCCGUAUACAAUUUCUACAGUAGGCUCAGUUCUAUGUACAGAAACGUUUCAAUUCCGUAGUAUGAUUUAGAUAAGUAGCCAUGUAAGUACAGACUAAAUACCUUAUUCUCCUUUAUUUUCGCGGGACUUAAAUUUCGCGAAAAUUUUCUCGGCACAUUUCGCGAGUCUUUAAUUUCGCGAUCGCGAAGAAAAAUUGUGUUUGUAGGGAAUUUAAUUUCGCUUUUUUACAAAAAAUUUACGUUAAUCAACAAUUGAAACAAAACCAAUAUGCUGUCCCUGUUGAGGUGAUAUGUGAAAUGGACGAUACACCAAGGAACAGGGCGAUAAUGGAAAGACUCGUAACUACACACUACAAGGAGCCGGGACAGGAUGGUCAAUUUGUACAAAGGAUGUAUUGCAGGAACUGUGCGAAGAUGAUUACUCAGAUGCCGAAGAAGAACUUGAGGCGAAUCUUGACACUGAUUAACAUCUAAAGUUGAUAGGUGAUAGCUCCUUGUACUAACACCUUGUGUUAAAAAUUGUUUAGGACCCUUGAAAACUCAAAUACAUGAUUUUUCUAUGUCCAUCAAAUUUCGCGAGAUCAAAGUUCGCGGUCGUUAUUUUUCGCGGAUCUUUAAGUUCGCGAAUUUUUUAAAAUCGCGAAAAUCGCGAAUUUAAGAACCCGCGAAAAUUAAGGAGAAUAAGGUACAGGCGUAAUAUACAGGAACAUUAUAUUACCAUCAAUCAAAUUCCAGGUGAGUUUUGGCGCGUAAACAUGAUAUCUUAACACGUGAAAAGGUCACCGUUGCUAAGGCUUCAUAAAUAAAUAAAUAAACAAAUAAAGGUACAUUUGUCUUCUCAUGUUCAAAAAUACUUCACUACUAGAAGAGAAAUUUCAUAUCUCCGCGCGGCCAUGUUAUAUCCCCUAUUGUUAUAUAAAUGGAAAUUUCUUCUCAACAGCGCGCGGUCUCAUUGGUUACUUCGAGGUCACAUGAUAUCUAACAAUGAAAUUGUUUCCCGCCAAAAUCUCUGAGCGAGUAACAUUGAAAAAAUCUAUAACGUCAUAGGGUAACAACGCAAUGUUACCCGCGAAUGUUGACCGAUGACCGCCGUUAUAGCGAGGUUUAAUGAAUUUCCAGCCUCAAAAUUUCCAGUUAUAUAACAAAUCACUUAUAGACUUGUCCCUCGGGAAACAAUAAAUUUUCGAGGGAAACAAAAUGAACUGUCUCCCUCUUGACCAGUCAUUAAGUGUUUAAUACUAUUUAUUGAGACUGGCAUUUUCUGAUCCUUUCAGGUUCCCGUUCCUACGCCCCUGUCGUAACAAUUGAGAAGUUACUUAUGCUCUUGACGUUCACUCUGGCAUGUUUCUCGGCGUUCUAA